AUGAUUCGAUGCAAAAAGUCCAAGACCGGUGCGACCGUUGAGGAGGUUUUUGAGCCUAAGCUGCAAGAGGAAGUUGAUGCAGCAUCCCCGUUCGAGCCCGAGGGAGCUGUCACCGUUGCCAACCCUAUCGGAGAAGAGGAUGCAACUGCCAAGCAUCAAAGGAUCUUUGAAAAGAUGCGGAAGGAUAUGAUGAAAGGACAGCUUCGUGUAGUCGAGUCUGCCGACGACUUGGACGAAUUCGAGUUGCGGGAAUGCUACCGCAUCAUCGACGCGGCCAUCAAGAGGCAGUCGUCGAGCCACGAGAUAAGCUGGGAGGUAUUUCAGAUGUUCCUCGAGAACAUCUUCAUCAACUGGAACUCCCAAUCCGAGACUCCGCUGAAUAUUCAGGCGAAAACGAGAUUCGCAAACAAGCUUUCGCACGACGGAAGCCAGCCGGCGGGCUACAUCCAGAAUGGCAGCGGCUUGGGUCAGGUCUUUUACCGUUUCGAUUUCAACUUUGAACCGUGGGCCAGCUUCACCGUCGGCCUUGUCGACGAGAGCGGCACUCCCGUAGGCGCCUGCGACCUCUGCCUCGUGGAACCGAACAGAAAUUUUGACAGGGACCGAGAGAUGAAGGAAUGCCUCGGCAAUGUGCAGUUCGUCGAAAUGGCCCGGCUAUUCCAAACCGAAAACUGCCAGCUAGCCGUCCUUUACGCUCGCCGCAUGAUUCGCGCUCGCACGCAGACGCUGGAGCUGCAGAGUCCCGGUCCGCGAGUCCCCCCCGGCGAGUACGUCUACGCGGGCACGGAAAACUUUUUCAAAAUGCUGCGCGUCAUUGGCGGCUGGAGUGAAAACUUCUUUCUGCGACACGCCGACACGGACUCGACCAUGCCGUCGGGUCAAGGGGCAGGGGAAGAUGAAUGA